AUGAAGCUGAAUCAUCUUGCUUUUGUUGGCCUCCUAGCCGCUGAGGCUUUGGCUACCAACGACAUCACGCCUGACAAGGUUGAGGCUGAUAUUCGAGAGGACAAGUUGCAGAGCGACCUCUGGAACCUCCUCAAAAUUGCCAAAGACAAUGGUGGCAACCGCGCGUUCGGUCUCCCCGGCUACAACGCCUCCCUGGAUUUUGUCCUUGAGCGUGUGGCCACCCGCUUCGGCAAGCACUUUGACACUACAGUCCAGCGCUUCACUCAUCUCUUCACCUCCACCAACAAGAUCACCCUGACUGGACCCGAUGGCAGCGCCGUCAGGGUUCAAACUUUGAUGUACAAUAACCCCACGCCUGAGGAGGGCGCAACCGGUGUCCUGGUAGCGUUGCCCAUCGACGAUGAGCGAGGCUCGGGCUGCUUUGCUGAUCAGUGGGAGGGCAUUGAUGUUACCGACAAGAUUGCUCUUGUCAAGCGUGGCUCGUGCGCCAUUGCCGACAAACUUCGUUUUGCCAAGAACCUUGGUGCCAAGGCUGUUGUGCUCACCAACAAUGUGCCCGGCGACAGUAUCACAGCUGCCACCUUGUCUGCUGAAAACUACGGCCAGAUCGCACCCGUUGGAGUUAUCACCUAUGAGCAAGGUGCUGCAUGGAAGACCCGUGUAGAUGCUGGCGAGGAGCUUACCGUAACCCUUCUUGUUGACGCCAUUGCCGAGGACCGCGAGAGCUGGAACAUCAUCUCAGAAACCAAGCAGGGUGACCCGAACAACGUCAUUAUGCUGGGCGCACAUCUAGAUAGCGUCCAAGAAGGCCCCGGCAUCAACGAUGAUGGCAGCGGCACCGCCGCCCUCCUGCAGAUUGCCGAGUCGUUCAAGCAGUACAGCGGCAUCAAGAACAAGGUUCGCUUCGCCUGGUGGGGAGCCGAGGAGAGCGGCCUGGUUGGAUCGCUCUACUAUGGCUCUCAGCUGUCUUCGGACGAGGCCGAUAAGAUCCGAUUCUACUAUAACUACGAUAUGAUCGGUUCCAAGGUGCCCUUUUAUGAGGUCUAUGCUGAUACCGACGCGCACAAGACGGGCGGCAACUUCCUCUUCGACUAUCUGACCUCCAAGGGCUACCCGGCUGAAUGGGGUGCCUUCGGUUCAUCAUCCGACUACGUAGCCUUCAUCGAGCUGGGCAUUCCCUCCUCUGGUCUCUUCACCGGUGCGGGGGCUCCCAACGACGCCUGUUACCAUCUUGCAUGUGAUGACCUGGACAAUGUCAACUGGGAGGCCAUUACCGUCAACACCAAGGCGGCUGCCCGUGCUGCAGCAGAGCUCGCGCUGAGCGUCGAGGGUAUCCCGCCGCGCGAGAAGUCCACCACAAACCCGGCCAGCAAGCGUGGCAUUGCCCGGAACCUGACCAAGUGGGCAAGACUUGCCACUGGCCGCGAGAAGAAGCACAGCUGCUCAGGAGAAGAUCUCAGCACCGUGUAA